AUGCAAACCUUUAAAAGGCAACAAUCCGAAAAGCGCACUAAUUUAGCGCCCGUAGAACCCACUCCCGCGGAGAGAAGGGCCGUCUCCGUUGAUAGGCGCGCCGUGCUCACGCGCACCACGUCAAGGCUCACCACAACAGAAACGCUGCCGCGAUCGAGCGCGCCGGACUUUCUAGAGACGCCGUGUUUUUCAUCGCAAGACGUGGCCGCUCCGUCCGUCGACCCUGACGACUCUGACUGGCAGAACGAGAGCAGCGUAGACUUUUGUCGUCUGGAUGCCGAAGUAGAGAGCCAGAAUGAUUUCAACCUAGACCUCGAUAACGCCUCUUACAAUGACGAGAAAACUAGGGAUCCCUGGCCCCAGGAAGACGCGAUAUCUGUCACGACGUCCCAUAUCCAGGAGGAGCUUGAGACGACUUGGAUACUGAACCUGAGCAUGCAUUUCCGAGACAAGUCAAAUCGAGAAAAGUUUUUCGUCACCUACCGCGAGCAGCACGAGACCGAAGAUGUCUGGCGGCGCGUAACCGUGUCUUUAGAUUACCGAAAGGCGCCCGAGGACUCCCUCGAGAUGGAGUUGAUGAAGACCAAGUUUCAGCGAGAUAAGAGCGCUAGGGUCUACGAGGCCAUUCGCGACAGCCUCAGCGCUAUCCGCUUUUACGACACAGUGACGAAUUUGAAACUCCAGACCACUGAUGGCCGACUUCACGUGCAUGUUGCGGAAGAUAUGAAUGAGCUUAUCACGUAUCCUGCCGUGCGCGAGGUGCAGCACCUCCGGUGCCACAGGAUCCGAGAACGAGACAUUGUUUUCGACUCGCACAUGUCAGGGUUUGUCUACAAAGUCCAACAGCGUCAUAACCUUUUUGGCGUUGUCGUAGACAAUGCGGAUGAGCACGUCAAGGGGUUGCUCAUCAGCUACGCAGAACGCGGACCACUCAUGGAUAUUCUAUAUGACCAUCGACCCGGAAACGACCAAGGGCUUGCGAGGCUCCCUUUUGCAACCCGCGCGACUUGGGCAAAACAAGUGGUGCAGGGGCUAGCCGAUGUCCACGAGUCCGGGUUUGUUCAAGGUGACUUCACACUGUCGAAUAUUGUGGUCGACAGCAUGGGCGAUGCCAAGAUUAUUGAUAUCAACCGACGAGGCUGCCCAGUCGGAUGGGAGCCCCCAGAAGCACGGCCGCUCCUCAAAAGCAGCCAGGGGAUAUCGAUGUACAUUGGAGUCAAGUCGGAUUUGUACCAGCUGGGCAUGGUGCUCUGGGCCCUUGCCAUGGAGGACGAUGAACCUGAAAAGUACGGUCCGAGGCUGGUCCUCGGACCGGACGCGGACGUCCCCCAUGGUACCGACGGCUCCAACAUCGCUCCUCUGCCUAUUCCCCUCGGGCCUAUCGGACGGCAUGUCGCGGCAUGCCGCGCGGUCGCCCCUGAGUUUGGAGACUAUUCGGAGAAGUCGUUUGCUUAUGCAUCUGGGGGAGGGUUGGUGGGCGGCAUGCCCGAGAUCCGGGCCGUAUCUCCCUCGGACCGGUGGACGUAUACUAGCUUUAUGAACCCUGCCGACGUGGGCUACGUGGGCUACGAGACGCCCUGCGCCUACUCACCUCGCGGCAGGUCACCACCAAGCCCCUUGCCAAGUAACUUUGGGCAGUACGCCAUGCACAGGGCCUAUCGCGAUGAUUCCCGCAGUCUCUCGGCGCAGAGGACUUCGUACAGCAACGAUGUCUUACCGACAGGAACUGAGAAGAACCAGCAAGGCGAGUUGCCGCAAAAGGAGGAAGGAGAAGGGAGCUCUUCGGCUGGCUCACGCAGGACGAUAUCCGGGGCCCGGGACGAGGUUGAUGACGGGGAGGAGCAAGAAGUGGCGGAAACGAGUAGGCGCGAAGUGGAAGAGGGUGAAUCUUGUGACGGACGAGGAUCUGUUGUGUUUACAACGCCGAUUCAAGCCGAGGCACGCCAGGCGGUAUCCCGAGAGAGGAGCGUAUCUGCAAGAGUAGAGUCUUCCAAGCCGACGGGUCAGGAAACGGAAGCAGAGCCAACCGAAAAUGUUGGCUGUCUGGAUCAGGCCAUUGCUCCCGUGGGCGAGGUGGAGAGGGCAAAGGCGACGGGGAUUACAGAACCCGAAGGCCAAGCCAGUUGGGACAGGGAGAGCGAGGCCACGACGACGUCGGUGCGCAAGGCACCGGUGGAGUCUGGGGCGGAAUCAGCGGGUCCAACAGAACCGGGAGAGACAUCUGAAGAUCACGGCAUAGACGCUCCGGUGGUCAUCUCAGUGGAUGAUGACGAGGGCGGCAACGGGGAUGACGGCGACAGCGGCGUCCCCAAUGCCAGCCCCGAAGACGGUGCUAGACUGUGA